AUUUCCCCCACCCCUCCUCCCUUCCCGUCAUGUCCUCCAAGCCAGAGCCGAAGGACGUCCACCAGCUGAAUGGGACUGGCCCUGCUGCCUCACCCUGCUCUUCCGAUGGCCCCGGGCGAGAGCCCUUGGCCGAGACCUCGGAGUUCCUGGGGCCUGAUGGGGCAGGGGUAGAGGUGGUGGUGAUUGAGUCUCGGGCCAACGCCAAGGGGGUUCGGGAGGAGGACGCUCUGCUGGAGAAUGGGAGCCAGAGCAAUGAAAGUGACGACGUCAGCACAGACCAUGGGCCUGCACCACCGUCCCCACUCAAGGAGACCUCCUUUUCCAUCGGGCUGCAAGUGCUGUUUCCCUUCCUCCUGGCAGGCUUUGGGACUGUGGCUGCUGGCAUGGUGCUGGACAUCGUGCAGCACUGGGAAGUCUUCCAGAAGGUGACAGAGGUCUUCAUCCUUGUGCCUGCGCUGCUGGGGCUUAAGGGAAACUUGGAGAUGACCCUGGCAUCGAGGCUCUCCACUGCAGCCAACAUCGGGCACAUGGACACACCCAAGGAGCUCUGGCGGAUGAUCACUGGGAACAUGGCUCUCAUCCAGGUGCAGGCCACAGUGGUGGGCUUCCUGGCAUCCAUCGCAGCCGUCGUCUUUGGCUGGAUCCCUGAUGGCCACUUCAGCAUCCCACAUGCCUUCCUGCUCUGUGCCAGCAGUGUGGCCACGGCCUUCAUUGCCUCCCUGGUACUGGGUAUGAUCAUGAUUGGGGUCAUCAUUGGCUCUCGAAAGAUUGGAAUCAACCCAGACAAUGUGGCCACGCCCAUUGCCGCCAGCCUGGGCGACCUCAUCACCUUGGCGCUGCUGUCAGGCAUCAGCUGGGGACUCUAUCUGGAGAAAGAUAACUGGCAAUACAUCUAUCCCCUGGUGUGUGUUUUCUUCGUGGCCCUGCUGCCUGUCUGGGUGGUGCUGGCCCGACGGAGCCCCGCCACAAGGGAGGUGUUGUACUCGGGCUGGGAGCCUGUCAUCAUUGCCAUGGCUAUCAGCAGCGUGGGAGGCCUCAUCCUGGACAAGACUGUCUCAGACCCCAACUUUGCAGGGAUGGCUGUCUUCACGCCUGUGAUUAAUGGUGUUGGGGGCAAUCUGGUGGCCGUGCAGGCCAGCCGCAUCUCCACCUUCCUCCACAUGAAUGGGAUGCCAGGGGAGAACUCUGAGCAAGUCCCUCGCCGCUGUCCCAGUCCUUGUACCACCUUCUUCAGUCCUGAUGUGAAUUCUCGCUCGGCCCGGGUCCUCUUCCUCCUCGUGGUUCCAGGACACCUGGUGUUCCUCUACACCAUCAGCUGUAUGCAGGGUGGGCACACCACUCUCACACUCAUCUUCAUCAUCUUCUACAUGACAGCUGCACUGCUCCAGGUGCUGACCCUCCUGUACAUCGCAGACUGGAUGGCGCACUGGAUGUGGGGCCGGGGCCUGGACCCAGACAACUUCUCCAUCCCGUACUUGACAGCUCUGGGGGACCUGCUUGGCACUGGGCUCCUAGCACUCAGCUUCCAUGUCCUCUGGCUCAUUGGGGACCGAGACACGGAUGUCGGGGACUAGCCUGGUCACCUCCCCACCCCUCUGCACUUUCUAUUUGAAUUUUUUCUUUUGUUCCCCUUCCCCCACCCCACUCCACAUCCCACCUCUUUCUAGGACUUCACUUUGAUACCAAAUUCUCAUUAUUUUCAAUGGGAAUUUUUAUACAUUGAGCCAAGUUUGUAUAGCAAGAAUUCAGGCAGGACACAUGGACUGACAUAAGCAGUACAAGUAGAUUUUUGAGACAAUCACCAAGUGCAAUUUCAUGGUGAGUGCCCCCUGGUGAGGAGGACUGGGGCAGGGGUUUCGGUCUGGGAUCUGGGCACAUUUGGUUUAGCUUUAGCAAACUCAGUCCUGGCCCUAAGGAGAAACCCUUUGUGCAUGGGCUCUGGUUAUUUGUUUUUCUUUUUUUCUUUUUGGUUGAACAGAGGGAUAAAUGUCUCACACACACACACACACACUUUUUCUAGAAAUGGGCCAACUUCAAAGCGCUGGGCAGAAGACAGCUGCUCCCGGCCCCAUAGAAUCCUAGCCCUAUUCUCCGCUUUCUGGACCUAGGCCCUCUGGCUCUCACAGAGUGAGGUGGACUACUAUUCAAAUUGCGUAUGUUCCCCUUACCCCCUGCCUGAUAAACACCAUCAGCCCCUCCCUUUGAUCUUUUUCCAGUUGACUGUCACAUCCAGGAAGAAAUGAGCAGUGGCCUGGUCUCCCUUUGACUCAUGUCCACUCAUAGGUUUGCCAAGAUCUGCAUCCUCCCUGGGCCCAGAGGACUGAUUCUUCAUCUCUGUUCAACCUUCAUCUCUAAUUGUCUCUAAGCACCACCUUCCCCAGAGCUUGCCAGGUCGGGUUCUGAGAUUAGGGCCAGGAAUGGGUAUGUGGAGAAUGGCUGAGAGGUUGAGGGCAACCGGGUGUUUCAUUGCUGCUGCUGCUCCUGAGGACGUGAUCACGUGGUCACCUUAGAUUCUGUCGCUUCCUAAAAUCACUCAUUCUGUCAUGCCAUGGAGGCCAGUUUUCCUCUCCUUUGGCUUCUGCCCACAUGCAUCAUUCAUUCAUUCACUCAUUCAGCAAAUACACAGCCUCCCCAAGAGGAGCUCUCCUGCAGGCACAGUCUGAAACCUCUCACUGAGCGCUCUUUAUUGAGUGCCUGCUACGUAUUAGGUCGUGUGCCUGGCCCUGACUAGCUCUAACCUCACCUCGUUCCCCAGAUACAAAGGCCAUGUGCCCCUUGCAACGUGGCAGAGAAAGUUUCCUCGCUGUGAGUAUUUGCGUCCAUAUCACCAAGCCAGGUUCUGCCUCUCGAGCUCCCUCCUAGAUCCCACCCCCGUGCAAUGCUGACCACAGCUAGAGCCCCCAGCCUCAUUGCUCAGCCAGUGUUCAGUCCCCUAAGCAACCCUUCCUCACCUCUCCUUCCCUCCCCCUCUCCUCACCAGCCACCUAAAAGAGGAUUCAGAACUGGUAGGCUGGACAUCGACUGACUGCUGCCACUUUUCUCUGCCUAGUACCAGGCUGGGGGAUCGCUGGAGCCUCUGGAUCUUCCCCAUACGAUCUGAACAGAUCACAAAUCUGUCUACACUCACACAUAUCCAAAUCUGGGCAUUUGGACAGAGGUUUUUUCCAGCCUCUCUAUCCACAGCCUCCCCAUAAAGCCUCUCUUCUGUAGCCUAAAGGGCCCACCUCCGAGGGAAGGCCAGACAGUGACCCUGUCUCACCACCACCAUGCCUCACCCCAGGAACCGGCCCUGUCCCUUCAGAGACAGUCUCUUCUCUCCUUCAUUUCCACCCAGGCCGCCUUCUGGAGUCUAGACCCUUAGAACUGGAAGGAAUCACAGAGGUUAUCUAGUUGGAGUUAUGUCCAACAGGGUUAAUUACCACCAGCCUGUGCUUGUUUCUGCUUUUCCCUCAGGCCUGCUUGUGUCUUGUCCUCCACCUCCAAACACAUUUGCACACACUCUUGUACAGGCACCAAAACCAACCCCUCUGUCCCCAGCCGGUGCCCUGUGAUCUCCAGUCACCCCUGCCCAUCACUCACCCCUUCCUCAUCUCGAGUUCAGCCAGGCUGCCCCGGAGGACUCCGGAGUGUCCUCCUUUGCCAAAAAAGCAGGAAGGUAGGCAUGCCCCAAGCCCUGGGUACGUGAGCAGAGGGAGGAGUGUGGGGUGAGAGGGGAAGAAAUGAAGUUGAAUUUCAUGAAGAUUCGUUUCUUUUCCUGAUUGCACAAACUGUGUGUACUUUGGGCCUGGCUGCAAGGAGCCACACUGGUCUACUCUCGUAUCCUUAAAAAGUUACAGAACUGUGUCUUAAGAGAAUUAUUUAUAGUUACUAUAACUGAAUUGACAAAUGUCAACGUAACUGAUAAAUUAUAUUUGGUAAAAUAAAGAGGACGUUUAUUUA